UAAAAAACUAUUAGUUAUAAGAUGCACUAUUACUUUAGGAAUCACUAAAAUAAAACAAUGUCCAAUUAAAAUAUAUUUUAUUGAAUGUGUGAUGCUACAAUAUUUAAAGCCUGAUGGAUAUUGGGACUUCUGUGGCUAAGACUGCCAAAGUUAUGGAUUCAGUCCUUAUGUUUCAAAGAUCAGCAAAGUUGUAGUUUUGUGUUGACAGCUAUAGUUUACAAAUCUGAAGCUCUUUAAAACAUAUCAGUACUCUUUUUUAUUAGGUUUCUGCUGUAUUAUCAAAACUGGCUGGGCAAUGCAUUUUUAUCCUUUCUCUUUUUGUUUCCAUUGAAUACAUUUGUAGCACAUGUUUGACGUUCUGACAGCUAAUAAUGAGAGCAAGUAUUAAACUUUAGGUUGAGCUGGGUGCAGUGGCCAAGUCUGUUAUCCUAGCUAUUUGGGAGGUGGAGAUCAGGGGAAUUGCAAUUUGAGGCCAGCCCUAGCAAAAAGUUCAUGAGACCCCGCUCAUCCAAAGGUUGGGGGCGUAGUGUGCUUCUGUCAUUCCCAGCAACUCAGGGAAGUACAUAUAGGAGGCUUGAAGUCCAGGCCAGUGCAGGCAGAAAGCGAGACCCUAUCUCAAAAAUAACUAAUGCAACAAGUGCUGGUGAAGUGGCUCAAGUGGUAGAGUGCUUCCUAACAAGUGUGAGAACCUGAGUUCAACCCCCAGUACCAUAAAAACAAAUAACAACAACAAAACCCCCCAAGCCCUUAGCUUGAAAACACAUCAGAGUAAGUUCAAACUCCAGGUUUACUUACCCACGACUCACAUGUUUCAUAGUCCCUUCCCUCUUCCUUUCUUCCUUUCCCUCCUUCUCUUGCUUUCUUCUCAGAGAUGAAGUUUCACAGUGAGUAAUCUUUGGUGUUUAUGAAUCCUUUAGAAUUCUGUAGAGGGGAACAGAUAAUUCAUCUCAUUCGGAAAUUAUAUAAUUUGAAUUUCCCACUUUUACUUUCAGAAAGGGGUCAGGUGUCAAAUUUGCUGCAGGGUGUACUGCCAGACGUGGCCGGCACUGUGAAAGGUCCUCUUCUAACUGUUCCGUGUCCCUGGAUAGAAGGAUAGGAGAUGCAGAGGCAAGAAAAUUUGGGAUAUAUUUGGAGGCAUAACUGACAUCAUUCAUUUAUGAGAAUGCCUUCAGAAAUCUUGCUGAAGAUAUUUUCCUACUUGGAUGCUGUGAGCCUGCUGUGUACUGGAUGUGUGAGCAGGCGCUUUUAUCAUUUGGCCAAUGACAAUUUCAUUUGGAUCAGAAUCUACUCAUCUGCAUUUUCACCUAAAAGAUCGAAUUGGAAAGUUAAUUCAGUAGAGGAGACAGCUGUGUCUGUGAGCUUACUCUCCGUUGAGGAUAAAGAAGCUGGAUACUGGAAGAAAGAAUAUAUUACAAAACAAAUCACAUCUGUGAAAGCAGCCCUAGCUCAGAUCCUCAAACCCAUCAGCCCCUACACAGGUCUUCCCGUGAAAACCAAAGAGGCCCUUAGAAUAUCUGGCUUAGGUUGGGCAAUUAUAUUGAGAGAAAAAAGUGGAAAAGAAUACAUCAUACAGCAUGUUGAUCUUUCUUUAAAUGAUACAUCUGUUACUGUCGUGUGGUAUGGCAAAAAUUGGCCACAUUUAGCCACAUUGUCAACCUUGGAUCUGUGUGGUGUGACACCAGUUUUUAUGGACCGGUACAAACCGCCCCCCAAAAGUGGACCUCGAUGGCAUUCUUUAAUUGCAAAGUAUGAUCUGAGUCAUUUAACUGAAUCCACAAUGAUUGGCUGUGACAGACUUGUUCGGAUCUUCUGGCUAAAACCUGGCCUCGUGGUGGGGCUGUGGAAGAAGGAGGAAGAGCUGGCUUUUGUCAUGGCAAAUCUUCAUUUCCAUCACCUUGUGGAGAGAAGCACAUUAGGCUCGACCACUCUUGCCUAUGAGCUGUCUCCUCACAGUCCCUUUUUAGAUGACAACCCAGAGUAUGGACUGCAUGGCUACCAACUCCAUAUUGACAUGCAUGGCGGUGGAGUUUUCUACCUAUGCAGUACAUUUCGCAAUCUCUUCACAAAGAAAGGGUGCAUUGAUGAUGGAUAUGUGAAGCUCACUGUGAUAAAUUUUAAGAACAACAGAGAGCAUCUACCUCUUAUUGGAAAAGUUGGCCUUGCUUGGAGAACUAAUAUUUUUGAUGGCUUUAUAGAGAGUUGCUCUGUGGUGGACGUAACGCUUCUGGAUGAACACAGGAAGCCCUUUUGGUGUUUGAGUUCUCCAGUUUGCAUGAGACCUGCUGCCUGCCCCUCUGAUGGUCCUAAUUUCUUGGGACACACAUACUAUGUUGAUUAUAUGGAUGCAGAAGGAAGAGUGCAUGCGGAGUUGGUGUGGAUCGAAGAGACAGAAGAAUACUUCAUUGUCAGUCUGGUCCUUUACCUCAGUGUAGCAAAAAUAAACCAUUGGUUUGGGACAAAAUACUGAGUAUUACAGUAGGUGGGAGGGUACUGUAUUAAAAAAAUUAAAGUAUUGUUAAUUGUUUAUUUUUUUUACUAAAAGCUUUAUUCUUGGUGUUGGAAGUUAAAGU